ACCGGCCCCAAGUGAAUGAGGCGUGCGCCCGCGGCAGAGCGCCUCUCGGAGCUGGGCUUUCCCCCGCGGGGCGGGCGCCAAGAGCCGCCUUUUCCGCUGGGUGUCACUCGGGGGUGGGGAAGAUGGCCCAUUCAAAAGCGCCGCGAGGGGGCCCGGCCAGUGCCCUUCGCUGAGCGCUCGCAAGAGGACGGCCGAGGCCCGGCGGCUCGCAGUUCCGGGACCUGGUGGAGCAUCAGGACGCGGCUGCCCCUCUGCCCGGACCCCGAGCCGCAGUCGCUCUGCUUCCUGCGCGUCAGCCUCCUCUGCGCGCUCCGGGCGGGCGGCCGCCGCGGGAGUCGCUGGGGCGAGGACGGAGCGCGGCUGCUGCUGCUGCCCCCGGCCCGGGCGGCUGGAAUUGGAGAGGCCGAGGCGAGCGGCGCCCCCUCCUAUGCCGGUAAGAUGUUGGAGAGCAGCGGCUGCAAGGCGUUGAAAGAAGGUGUGCUGGAGAAGCGCAGCGACGGGCUGUUGCAGCUCUGGAAGAAAAAGUGCUGCAUCCUCACCGAGGAGGGGCUCCUGCUCAUCCCGCCCAAGCAGCUGCAGCACCAGCAGCCGCCGCCGCCGCCGCCCGGGCAGGGGCCCGCGGAGCCGUCCCAGCCCGGGGGCCCCACCGCCGCCAUCCUCGAGCCGCCGGCCAAGCUCAAGGAAUUGCACUUUUCCAACAUGAAGACCGUGGACUGCGUGGAGCGCAAGGGCAAGUACAUGUACUUCACUGUGGUGAUGGCCGAAGGCAAGGAGAUCGACUUUCGGUGCCCGCAGGACCAAGGCUGGAACGCCGAGAUCACGCUGCAGAUGGUGCAGUACAAGAACCGUCAGGCCAUCCUGGCGGUCAAGUCCACGCGGCAGAAGCAGCAGCACCUGGUCCAGCAGCAGCCUCCGCAGCCGCAGCUUCCGUCCCAGCCCCAGCCCCAGCCCCAGCCCCAGCCCCAGCCCCAGCCCCAGCCCCAGCCCCAGCUCCAACUCCAGACACAUUCCCAAUCCCAGCCGCAGCCUCAGCCCAAGCCUCAACCCCAACCCAAGCCGCAGCCCCAACAGCUCCACCCGUAUCCGCAUCCACACUCGCAUCCGCACCAGCACCCGCUUCAGCUACCGCACCCGCACCAACAACCGCUCUCGCAGCCGCACGGCCACCGGCUUCUCCGCAGCACCUCCAACUCCGCCUGAAGGGGGCAGCACCCGGGCAAGACGAGGUUUUGAGGACUCGAGGAAGUGGGACGAGAGCGCCUUUCUGUUGUCUUCAUUUGGAUGGAAAACAAGUUUCCCUGCUCUGCACCAGACCAAGUAGUUUGGGCAUCAGCCGACCGAUGACUUGCAAUUCCUCUUAGUUUUCUGCAUACUUUUCCUCAUCACAAUGCAGGAAACGAUUUCAAGACUAGAAAGAAGGCUUUAUUUAUGAACCUUUGAAAGGAUCUCCCAGUGUGGUGGACCUUCUAGGAGCGAAGAUGUACUGUAAUUUUAUUUUAAUGUAUUUUGAUUUAUGAUUAUUUAUUAGUUUUUUUUAAAAAAAUAUUUGUUCUAAGACAUUUCUGAAUGUAGGCCGUUUUCCAGAAAAGGAACUUUAUUUUCAAAAACCUAUUUCCUAGUAAGUUCUAAUCUUGGAAAGGGAAAAAGGGAGGUGUAGGGGAAAACAUUAAGACUUCAUUCAUUCAUUAUUCCUAGGUCAAUUUCAGAACCCGGACACACUCAUUGUUAUGCCAGGUGGUUGAAAUUAAACUCUGUGAUAUAACUUUCUUUUUUGAGAUUAUUUUUUCCCCUGUAGACUCUGUGUUGUGUAGAAUAGAAGUUUAAAGAAGCUAAAUGUUCAGAAUUGUGUAAUUGUGAAAACCUGUUUUUCUAAAAGGAAAUGAGUAGUAAUGACACCUAAUUCGAAAUAUUUAAAACGUAACCCACCUGAUGGCAGGAUGAUCUUGAAUGUGUGGUAGGGCUAUGUCUACUGUAGAGAAAACCUUGCUUAUGCCAUCUGUGAAGGGUUUAAUAAGGAGAUAUUUAUGGUUUAUGAGUAUAAAUGCAUUAGGCGUUUCAUUUCAAAAAACAUCGUGGGGGGGGGGGUGGAGAGGGGAGCGGGAGGGAAUCAUUCAGCUUGUCUGAGAGAACAUUUUGUGUUCUGUCCACACUAGAGAUUACCCUUUGCCAAGGGCUUUGCACCCUUUACUGGAACCACAUUUCCUUACUUUAUUCUAGAAGCAUAUCCUAGAAUCUUAGAGUUUAAAAAUACAGUUUGUAACUAUUUCAAAGGUCUAAGAGUCAUAACUUUUUUUUUUCUUACUGAAAAUAAUGUUAAUCAGAGAAACCAAUUGUUUUGGUUUUUAUUGCUCUGUGAGAAAUUGGAGGGUUAUAUGUUUUGUUGUUAGGUUAACUAAACUCAGACAUUGACAAAGGAAGGACUGGAUAAACACUGGGUUUUCAGUAGGAAAACAACCCCAGUCUUGUUUUAGCAGCACUUGUUCCUGAGGGGUUGGGGGGGGGGGUGCUUUUAAAGGUGGAACAAACCCUCUUCUGUGUUAAAUCAAAAGGAUGGUCAGAAUCCACAAGGGCAGAUGCUACUUCGGUUUAAAACGAGCCAUAGAUGAUACAAAAUCCUCUUGGGGCUGAAAAUCACUUCCUAUCUGCAUGGCUUUACUAACGGGCCUCUGUUUUCCAUUAUCUUUUGCAAAGUCUUGAUCGGUGUUUUUCCAGCAUCCAAAUUGGAAGGUCGAUAUUAGGUCGAUGCUAAAUUAUGUAGUCAAGAAAUGAAAGCAGAAUUUUAUGCUAGAGAUACCUUUAUUCUCCUUCCAUCUGGAAAGGAGUUUCACGGUCAAAUUACUUGUUAGUGCAAUAUUUAAAUGAUAGAAUUUUAAGGCCAUAACUCUAAUCCAAAAAGUUGCAGGGGUAAUCUAAAACUUGAGCAAAUGGCAAAUAGAACUUAAGGGGACUCCCACUUCCAGAGGCUGUUUAAGUUGUGGCUGUGAACAUUUGCUGCAAAGAUUUAAAAAAUCAUACACACACACACACACACACACGCACACACACACACAUACACACAUACAUAUGAUGGGCAGCUCAGAGAGUCAAAUCUAAAGAGUUCUUAAGCCAAGUUUGGUUCAGCUUCUUUGGUACCCCUGCUGUAAUUUUAAGAUAAUGCCUCAUUGUACCAGUGUUUUAAUAUAUGUAGAUCAUAUAACCCCUAUGAAACCACAGCUUUUUUUCCCAGAUAGAAGGAUUUUUCUUCCAAUUCUUGUGCUAUAUAAAAAGAUAAUAUUUAUACCAAAUAGUUUUAAAAUUAAGAUUCAUUAAGCUUAAAUAUAGGCUAAGUAUUGGCUGGUGGAAUUUUUCCACCACCGUGUCUGUGGUUCCUAAUGGGGCCAUCAAAAUCAUGGUUCCUUGUCCUGUCUUUCCACAGCCCUUAGUCCUUGGUCUGCUGUGAUAUUUAUGUUGAGUUGACCCUCUCAGUGCCUCUCUAGUUUGAAGGUCUCUUAAUAUUUAACUGUGAAAACUCAGAAAUGAGAAAGGAGAGAAGUAGGAUGGUUUUUGUGUUUUGACACUUUGAAAUUAUUAUGGUUGAAUAAUUUUCCAGAACGAAGAAACAACUAUGCUUAACAAAGCGCAACAAAACAAACAAAAUACAAAUGCAAAGCAUUUUGCGUGUCAGUAGUUCUAUUCUACCUGUAAAACAGUAAUAUUAAACACUUAAGGUACUACAAGGCCUAAUCAAUCACCUUUAUGGAAAAAGAUAAAAGUAUUUCUUUUAACCCAAGAAAAAGAAGAAGGAAAGGGCAGGUCCAACAGAAAACUCACCCCUUAAAUAAACAUAAAAUGUAAAAAGUUGGGAAAUUUAAAGGAUUUUCCAUCUGGAAACUGAAAUUUUGUCUUGAAACUUCUGUUGGCGCCAAGCCUCGUACACAGCUCAAUAACUGUUUGUUGGGAAUAAUGAAUGAAAGAAGGAAAAAAUGUGUAACAUCCCAGCACCCAGGAGGUGGUUUCUCUUUCUCUUGCCUCACACUGAGCUUCCUUUACGCUCAUUUCAUUCCCUGAGAAAAGCUAAUCCUGGACAAGCUGCACAACAUGAGGAAGCUCCUUAGGCAUACUUUCUUAGUGGAAAUCAGAUCUGCUUAUGCCCUACAGCGAAUGCUGAGGUCAGAGUAAAUGCCUAUAAAGAGCUCUUUCAAAAUGAACAUUGCCCUCAUAGAGGAAGCUGGAAUUUUCUCAUAUGGAAAUAGAACCAACUUUAUUUCACUUAACAUUUUUUCAAAUGGAAGUAGAAAAACCCAACUCAUUGCUUGAAAGAAUUCCCCUCAUAUGUAAACACUGUUAAGAAGUCUGGCUUAAGUUCAAAGGCAUUUUUUGGUGUGUGUGUGUGUGUGUGUGUGUGUGUGUGUUUUAAACUCUGUCUUCAUAUACCCAUUUCUCUUAAAGAUUUCUCAUUUUAAAUCUGACACUACAAGUUUGUUGCUAGUGUGGAAGUUCAAACACAUCACUUGUUUUCGGUCCCCAGGGAAAGUGACUUGGUUUUAGCUUGUCUCCAUGUGUUUAUAAUAUGUUCAAUGGCAGGUUUCGAAGAGGGGUCUAAGACUGUAUGUGAAAACUAGAUCAAUCCCAUAAAAUAUAGAGCUUUUUAGGAUGAGGAUGGGUUUGUGAACAUUCAUUCUUCUCUUUGUUUUUUGUUUGUUUUUUGUUGGUAAAUGUAAACAAACUUCCUUUUGCUUUACCAGUAAAAUGCCUUCAGCUGACUAAAAUUUAAAUUUGGAAGUUACAGAGCUUGAUAUUGAAUACAUCUGUGAUUCUUAUAAAAGAAAUAUGCCAAUUUACUCAAAACAACCUGAGAUGUAUUAAUUAUGAAAUUGUGUUGGGUGGGUUUUUAAUAACUACUCUCUAAAGUUUGGACACAAUUUGAAGGGUGACUUUUUGGUCUGUAUGUUGUACAGCCAAUCUAGAAUUACAUCCCAUUAGAUGACAAAGUGAUCUGCAACUUCAUUGGCAGGACAUCUACUAAAUGGAUGUAGGACCCGACAGGGUUUUCUUAGGGCAUUAUUGUCCAGUGAAGGAAGCAGAGGACUCUGGGUCAUUAGCAGCAUCUUCAUAAAAGCUGGAGAGGCCUACUCCCUAUCGCUCUGAAGCUGGCCUAGUGGGAUAGUGAGGAAUUGGUUUUUAAUAAUAGGUGGUCCGUCCAGAUCACUGUAUUAAUUUUGAGAAGGAAGAUAAAAUGACUGUCUGUUACAUUCCACUGUUGGCUUUCUGCUUAGUUUCAGAAUAUGCAAGUACCAGCUUCUGAAAAACAAGUAUCACAAUGUACCAAAUGCUUUACUAUCACAUUCCUGAACUUAAGUAUGCUCAUAAUUUCUGUAAAUAUGUCUCUUAAAUGAUUUGGGGAGAUGUGAUUUAUUUUUCAUAUUUUAAAAAUGCAUUCCAUUUUAAAUAAAGUAUCGAAUGAGA